UUCGCCACUCUCUCUCUUUCUGCGCAAAUUCUUAUCUGACUUCUCUUCCUGCGAGGCCUGCUACGAAGCUCGAAUCGACUUCCGACGAUGGAGCCGUAGCUGAUUUUUCCACCUCUCUUUCAUCCGCGAUUCCCUCCUUCCUUCCAUGGUACGCGGUCGCUCGAUCCUUCUCCAUCGCGGCUCGUCGGAGAACGAGGAAUCCUCGGCCUGAACGAGGAAGGAGCGAGUCGGCCGGCCGUUCGAUGUCGGGGAUCGCUUCGCUAUCGUCUUCCCCGAUUUCGCUUCGCUCCCGCGCCGCUCCGGCUCCAAGGCUUCGCCGCUUCGUCAUCUCUUGCCGGCGGACCGUGAGGAUGUCUGCGGCCGCGACGACGGGGAGCCCCGCGCUGUCGUUCGAGGGGAUGGCCGUGAAGCCGCCCUCGCACCCGACGUAUGAUCUCGAGGGCGUGAUCAAGCUCGCCCUGGCCGAGGACGCCGGGGAUCGAGGAGAUGUGACUUGUAUGGCCACUAUCCCUGCGGACAUGGAAGUGGAGGCCCAUUUCUUGGCGAAAGAGGAUGGUGUUGUGGCGGGAAUUGCUCUUGCAGAGAUGGUAUUCCAUGAGGUUGAUCCUUCUCUCGAGGUGGACUGGACUAAGAAGGAUGGAGAUUAUAUACAUAAGGGUCUUCAGUUUGGAAGAGUUUCUGGACGAGCAUACAGUGUCGUCGUAGCUGAAAGGGUAGUGCUGAAUUUUAUGCAAAGAAUGAGUGGCAUUGCAACUCUGACUAAGGCAAUGGCAGAUGCCGCACACCCAGCACGCAUUCUAGAGACAAGAAAAACUGCUCCAGUUCUACGUUUGGUGGAUAAGUGGGCGGUUCUCAUUGGUGGAGGGAAAAAUCACAGGAUGGGUUUAUUUGAUAUGGUUAUGAUAAAGGACAAUCAUAUAUCUAUAGCUGGGGGUGUCACAAAUGCCAUUAGAUCUGUUGAUACAUAUUUGAAACAAAAUAACCUUCAAAUGGAGGUCGAGGUUGAGACAAGGACACUCGAGGAAGUUAAGGAAGUAUUGAACUAUGCAUCUGAGACCAAUACCUUCUUGACUCGGAUAAUGCUAGAUAAUAUGGUCGUACCCUUAUCAAAUGGUGAUGUUGAUGUUUCCAUGCUUCAAGAGGCUGUGGCAUUGAUCAAUGGGAAGUUUGACACAGAAGCGUCUGGAAAUGUUAUUCUUGAAACAGUACAUAGAAUUGGACAAACUGGUGUGACAUAUAUCUCGAGUGGUGCCCUCACGCAUUCUGUGAAAGCGCUUGACAUCUCCCUGAAGAUCGAUACGGACUUGGCUCUCGAGGUCGGAAGGCGUACAAAGAGAGCGUGAUUCGUCACCUUAUUUCUCAUACCUAUAAGGAAUCUGCCCAGAAACGGAUGAUCUUUCUUUUCCAUGAGAUGUGAUGUGUUCCUAAUUCCUGCUUAGACCUUUUUUCUUUCGGCGUGUUUCCUUUUGUGACUGCCGACAAAGUUGCUUGGGGCAGAAAUCGGAAGGUAGAAUGUUCAAUUAACGAGUAAGGGAUACAAUAUAAGUUCAUCAAUUUAUCCCAGGAAAAAUUACAUUAAUAUUCGUUAAACUUUGGCUCCA